AUGUCUGAAACGUUGGCUAAUCUUAAACCCGAGCGGCAGCUGCCAGUGGCAUCGCGCCGAAAACCCCAGAUUCGAGCCUUAGCCCGGACAAAGAUCUGCCAGUUCGAGUGGAAGAAACCGGGGAGAGAUAGGUGCGUAAGUUUCUCGCAUAUCGGCGUCAUUACGAGAGACCGUCCAGCUGCUGCACCCCAGACGGACGACUUUGACCUUGGAUACCGCGCGAUCGGCAGUGCCGGCACAACAGUCAAGCGAGUCACGUACGGGAUCGCACUCCCGGGGCUGGUGAUCAGCGGAUGGUCUGGCACGUGGCUCGGAUGUACGGUCGGGAUGGCUGCGAUCUCAUUCAUUUUAGCGUGCGCUAUCCCCAUCUUCAAUUAUGUCUUAGCUCUCGUCGGAAGCCUGUGCUGUGCCCCGCUGGCUACUAGCCUGCUGGGCUGGUUGUGGCUCCUCCCCCACGGCCCCUACCGCACCGGGAAUUCAUUCCCUCCGGAUGGUCCUGUAUGCGGUGCAUGUGCCGAUAAUAGCGGGCCGUAA